AUGAAGGUGCUGUUGAGCUUCUUUUCUAUUGCUGUUUUAGCAGUCUUUGCUUCUGAAAAUUUGAUGGUAAUCCACCUUUCAGAACUUCCACCGGAAGUCACAGAGAAACUACCAAAACUUCUCACCGAUCUUAUGCAAAGUUUAACACCAGAGGAGAAGAAACAGCUCCAAGAAAUGUCCACAGAGCUUUGGACCGCUACAGAUGAAGAUGCUGCUCUGGGAAAAAUCAAAAAAAAGAACCCAGCUCUUCACAGCAAGGUUGAAGCUGCUUUCAAGGAGCUGCAUGAAAAAAUUGAAAGCUUGCAUCCUGACGCCAAAGCUUUUUUGAAAGAGUCAUAUGCUAGUUUGAGACAACUUCGCCUGCAAAUGCCAGAUGGGCCUAAUACAAACAAGAUAGCUGAAGAAUUUAAAACUCUAGUAAAAAACCAUAAAGCACUGUCAAACGAAGCGAAAAAGAGCUUAACUGAUACGUUCCCACGAACAGAAGAGCUUUUAAAAAAUGUAGCGUCAUUUUCUCGACCUGAAGAAGUUACCUUAAUUUACGACCAGUGUAAAAUACUUUAA